AGAUGGCACCUGCUUGCGGCAGUCGGGGCUCGUGGCCGAGCGUUGCAACGGCGCUGAAGCUCUUUUGGACGCUGGUGGCGGUUACCCGGCCGUUGCUGGUUCUGGCUGAAGAGUACCCCUCGUUGUCUCUGCGCCACCAGCAAGGGAGCAGUUGCUGCCCGGGGUUUUGGGAGGCUGAUUGGGAUGGGGAGCAGCAAUACGCGGCAAUUGCGGGAGACGGUGACUCAUCAAUUUUGCACUUUCAUGAUUCAGACUGUGAUCUACAAGGAUCUUCAUCUUGUGAACCUCUGCUUUCUUGUACAACAGAAAAACUUUUGAGCCAAGCAAAAAUACUUGCCAAAGGGAAAAAAAUUCCAUUUGCUACAGAUGAUGACUAUACAAAUGAAGAAUUAGCUAUUGCUUAUGUAUUGAUUGGCAAUGGCCUUUAUGAGGAAGCAAUACACCACUUUUCAACAAUGCUUCAGGAACAACCAGAGCUCAUCAGUGCAAUUUAUGGGCAAGGGAUAGCAUAUGGAAAGAAAAGGCAACAUGAUAUUAAAAAUGCCGAGCUUGCUUUGUUUGAACUAAACAGAGUAAUUAAUCUGGCACCAGAUCAUCCUGAAGUGUUUGAACAACGAGCAGAGAUACUGUCAUCUUUGGGUCGAAUUAGUGAAGCACUGACUGAUAUCACUAAAGCUAUUCAGCUGAAACGCUCAGCGCAGCUUUAUCGACACAGAGGUAUUCUUUACUUCAUAUCUGAGGACUAUGCAACAGCCAAUGAAGAUUUUCAGGACUCUCUUGAGCUGAACAAAAACCAGCCCACUGUUAUGCUUUACAGAGGUUUAUCCUUUUUUCACAGAGGGCUUUUAAAGGAAGCUAUUGAGAUAUUUAAAGAAGCCCUGAAGCAGAAAUCAGACUUCAUAGAUGCCUAUAAAAGUCUGGGCCAGGCUUAUCGAGAACUUGGUAACUUUGAAGCUGCAGCGGAAAAUUUUCAGAAGGCAUUGAUGCUUAAUCAAAAUCAUGUCCAGACGAUACAACUUAAGGGAAAUAUGCUUUAUCAUCAUGGAAGCUUGGAUGAAGCGUUGAAAAACUUUAAGAGGUGUCUUCAAAUAGAGCCAUAUAAUGAAGUAUGUCAGUACAUGAAAGGUCUCAGUCAUGUUGCCAUGGGCCAAUUUUAUGAAGGAAUCAAAGCUCAGACUAAAGUUAUGCUAAAUGAUCCCUUGCCUGGUCAAACAGCCAGCACAGAAUAUCUGAAAGUGAAAUACUUCAGGGAAUAUUCUCGCUAUCUCCAUGCACAUCUUGAUAUUCCAGUUACAGAAUACAACAUAGAUGCAGAUCUUCCUGGGAAGUUUAAAGACCACUGGGUCAAGAAUCUUCCUUUUUUGAUAGAAGACUAUGAAGAACAGCCAGGCCUACAACCAAAUAUAAAAGAUGUGCAGCUUCACAAAUUUGAAAACUAUAAGUCCUCAGUGCAAGAGAUGAUAUGUGUAGCUAAUCAUUUGGGUUCAUUAAUGCAGUAUGAGACUGUUGGAUUUCUCCCAAACAAGAGAAUGCAUAGAGCAAUGGGGCUAGCGGUGCUAGAAGUAAUGCAAGCUGUACAGCGAACUUGGGUAAACUCAAAGGUGCGGAUGAAUGGAAAAACCAAGCUGAUGCAAUGGAGAGAUAUGUUCGACAUUGCUGUGAAAUGGAGACGGAUAGCUGAUCCAGACCAGCCAGUGUUAUGGUUAGACCAAAUACCAGCUCAAAGCCUUAGUAGAGGUUUUAAUAAUCACAUCAAUCUUAUCAGGGGCCAGUUUAUUAACAUGAGAUACACAGAGUAUUUUGACAAGAUACUUCAUUUUAUCAAAGACAGGAUCCUUGUUUAUCAUAGUGCUAAUAACCACAAAGAACUAUUGGAAGUUCGUGAAGCAUUGGAGCAGGUACAUAAGGUAGAAGAUCUUCUUCCAAUUAUGAAGCAGCUUAAUAGUAAAACAAGAGAUGGUUUUACCAUCCACACCAAAGUCCCAAGCCUCAAAAAUCCAGGAAAGGAAUAUGAUGGAUUUACUAUUACUUUAACAGGAAACAGGAUUGGUAAUCUUUUGUUUUCAGUUGAGACACAGACAACAGAAGCAAGAACACAACUUUAUCAUACAGAAAUAGAUGCUCUGUAUAAAGAUUUAACUAUGAAAGGAAAAACACAUCUUUUGUCUGCAGAACCUAGGGAGACAGAUGUCAUAUGCAAUCUAAUCUUGUCUGUUUUGUACUACUUCUGUAAUUUAAUGCCCCUUUCCAGAGGUUCCAGUAUAGUGGCUUAUUCAAUCAUCAUGGGAGCACUGAUGGCAAGUGGACAGGAAGUGUCAGGAAAAAUUCCUAAAGGAAAGUUGGUGGAUUUUGAAGCCAUGAUUGCCUCUAGUUCAGAAGCCUUUAGUAAAGUAGCAAAAAGCUGGUUGAAUUUGAAAAGCAUUUCACCUUCCUACAAGAGUCUUCCACUGGUAUCAGAAUCAUUUCCGACUUUACGAACUAUGAUGGAAGCAUUAAGUGCAGAUUCAUCACAUUGUCUUAAAAGGCUUUAGUUGGUAUGUGACAUCUGAAUAAAGAACACUGACUUCCUC